AAACACAAGUGCAAAUCUGCCAUUCUCAUGAAUUCAGGACGAGUCCUGGCAUGUAGUAGGUGCUCAUAUUUUUCAAAAUUAAUUUGAAUCUUAAUUGCCCUGGCCAAUGUACCACCAGAAUUCUGAUUUCAGUACCCACCUCUCUAUGUCAGUCCCAUUUUAAAAAUUCUGACCUACAAAAAAAAGAAAAAAGAAAAGAAACUCACCAAAUCAGAAGAGAGGAAGUGCUAAGCAAAUAUAGGAACCAAAAAGGGUUAUAGAGGCUGCUUGACGCUGUCUCAUUUAGUUCCUUUGCGGUCCUCUUCUUCAGCACAGACCAAAGCAGUUCCUUACAACCUGUGGCACCACAGCAUCUUCGGUGUGUGACAAUGGAAGAAUUAGAUGCUUUAUUGGAGGAACUGGAACGCUCCACCCUCCAGGACAAUGAUGACUACUCCAACCCCAGUCCUCUUCCUGUGGACCAGCAUUCCAGAAACAAGAGUAACUGUGCUGAGACUUCAGACAUCCCUCCUCUUCAGGAUGACACAAGCCCCUUGCCGGCACAACUUGUGUACACUACUGAGAUCGAGGAGCCCAAUAUAUACAGUGACAUCGACGAACCAAAGGAAUCACCAACACCUUCUAAAACAUCAGCAGCCGCUCAGCUGGACGAGCUCAUGGCCCACCUGUGUGACAUGCAGGCCAUGGUUGCAGUGAAAGCAGAGGCCAGCAAGAAGCACUUACCAGAAAAGCAGGAUGACAAGGCUUCCCUGGACUCCAUGCUGGGGGGUUUGGAGCAGGAAUUGCAGGACCUUGGGAUUGCCACCGUGCCCAAGGGCCACUGUGCUUCCUGCCAGAAACCCAUCGCUGGAAAGGUGAUCCAUGCUCUAGGGCAAGCGUGGCAUCCAGAGCACUUCAUCUGCAGUCACUGCAAAGAGGAGAUUGGCUCCAGGCCCUUCUUCGAGCGCAGUGGCUUGGCCUACUGCCCCAAGGACUACCACCAUCUGUUUUCUCCACGCUGUGCUUACUGUGCGGCUCCCAUCCUGGACAGAGUGCUGACAGCAAUGGACCAAACCUGGCACCCAGAGCACUUCUUCUGCUCUCACUGUGGAGAGGUGUUUGGUGCAGAAGGCUUUCACGAGAAGGAUAAAAAGCCAUACUGCCGAAAGGAUUUCUUAGCCAUGUUCUCACCCAAGUGCGGUGGCUGCAACCGCCCAGUGUUGGAAAACUACCUGUCAGCCAUGGAUAACGUCUGGCAUCCAGAGUGCUUUGUUUGUGGGGACUGCUUCAGCAGUUUCUCUACUGGCUCCUUCUAUGAGCUGGAUGGACGACCCUUCUGUGAGCUCCAUUACCACCACCGCCGGGGGACGCUCUGCUACGGGUGUGGGCAGCCCAUCACCGGCCGCUGCAUCAGUGCCAUGGGCCACAAGUUCCAUCCCGAGCACUUCGUGUGCGCUUUCUGCCUGACACAGUUGUCACAGGGAAUCUUCAGGGAACAGAGUGACAAGAUCUAUUGUAAACCCUGCUUCGAAAAGCUCUUCUCACUGUAAUCUCAGCCGACCCACACACCCUUCAGAUCAGCUAGAAAAUUUAAAUCAAGAGAGGAAAGAGUACAUUGGUUCUUACUGACCUUCUGCUUAAUGAGCAUAUAGAGAAAGUAAAGGCGAUGAACAAGGAAGGGGAUGUCUAAAUGUUACAUGACUAGGCGCGUGGCCUUACAUUUCAGAUUUCAGUGUUAGUUUUGUUUUUUUUUAACUGGGGACUUGGAUUUAGAUCCGGGUCCUGCUGUCUGGCACGUACACAGAUAUCUCUCCCACAUGCGCAUGAUCGUUUCACAACUGCUUUUCUCACAUCUCUCCAUUUUUCUCACAUUUCUCACAUUUCACUCCUCUGAUGUUCCAGCUCACAUCUUCUCUCCUUUGGCCUUUUCAAGCUUCCCGUAUUUCCCUGUGACUCAGUUUCCCACAGUCACGGCUGUGGACUUUAUCCUUGCUGCGAGGAAUUGGGAUACGAUUCUUAAGCUCCUUGCAUGUCCCUUGGGUGUAUUUCUCAUUUUCAAGAGAAAGUAGAUUUUACCUGGACAGCUUUGAGUGCUGACACAAUUGCUCAUUAAAGUGGCUCCUGUUUUAAUGACUCAGUGUCAUAUGGUUUGGUAGAUAAACCUUCUGCUUCUCCUAUCAGCGUACUAGGCACUUUGUGCGAUUAAGUGUGUGUCACACCUCUCGUGCACUUCCGUACAAUUAGCACUUGUUUCACCAAAAGAAAUGAAAAAGAGGGACUCCUAUUCACUCGCUUUUUAAAAUUAAUGUGGGCCUGUUCAUGACAUUUCUUUUACUUUAUCUUUUUUGCACUUAGAUAAAUGAAUCCUUUGCAAAGAUGGCAAAGCUUCUUAAAGUACUUUUCAUCACUUUGUUACUGAAAGAGGAAAACUGGAUCUCUCCUAAGAACUUGCAAAUCCGUAUUUGCAUGUGUAUGCAUGUCUCCAAACUCAUAAAAUUGCACAUACUAAAUAUGUCCAGAUUUCUUGUGUAUCAGUCAAAUGCCAAUAAAGCUGUUGUUUGAAAAUAAAAAA